AAAAGUGUCUUCCCAAACAGAUCAGGCAAACCUUUAUAUAAAGUGGGCUUCUGUGCUACUGUCGAGAAUCAUAAAUCAAAGUGCCAGUGCUGUGAGUACGUUCGUUCGUUCCGGGUAGUCAACCAGUCGUGAUCAUGGCAACUGCAAUCCCUGUGCUACUACUACUGGUAGUUCUCGGUGCCAUCCCAUCGCUAACGGCCUGCGAGCAUGGAUCUCGUGCCGCCCUAGCAUCUAACUGGCUUUCGAUCAUGCCUAACCACUGGAUGUGCGCCAUCCCGAAGACAUCCACACUCUUCCCGCACUACAGCGAUUGUACUCGCUACUACGAGUGUGUCUGCAACGAUGCGUACGAGUACGAAUGUCCGGACGGGUUACGGUUCAACCCUCGCAAACUGCGCUGCGAAGAGUCACCUCUGUGCCCGGAAGCUGGCGCUGGUGUGGACCCUGAACAAGGUCCACCAGAGCCGCAAACGGACUGCGAGGAGGCAUCGCGUGUCGCCGUAGCUUCCGAUUGGCUUUCGAUAAUGCCCAAUCACUGGAUGUGUGAGAUUCCGAAGACAUCCACACUCUUCCCGCACUACAGCGACUGUACCCGCUACUACAAGUGUGUCUGCAACACUGCGUACGAGUACGAAUGUCCGGAAGGGUUAGGUUUUAAUCAGCGCACGCUACGCUGUGAAAAGUCCUCUCACUGUGCUGGUGCUGAAGAGGAAGAAGCGAACCACUCACCCGCCGUGCCGGACCAUGGUGCACUGGACCCGCGCUGUCCAUCGCGCGAAUCGGUAAAGGCGUGGACGGACGAGCAGAACUGCUCCAAGUACUAUCAGUGCGCCGGUGGGCAGGUGUUGGACAUGCACUGUCCUGAAUCGCUGGUGUACGAUAGUGCGGCGAAACGGUGCACAUUGCCGAACCCGGACAAGUGCUGUGCACCGGUACCGGCAGCACCGGUACUGGAGAGGGAGGAAGUACCGGUACCGGUGGAACCGACACUGGAAGAGCAGGAAGAGCAGGAAGAGGUGGCGCAACAGGAGGAGGAACAAGCGGAGGAACAAGCGGAAGAACAAGAGCAGGAGCACGAGGAAGAGGAGCAGUCCGAAGGGUUCUGGGGUCGGCUGCAGUCUUGGUUCGGUUAAGACGCGAAGAAGGCGCAAUGAUCACCGACUGUUGAACUGUAUAUGAACCGUUAAUAAAGUGGAAUAAUUUAUUUAAAGCAAGAA